CAGAGGAACACAUUGGCUCCAAGCACUUCCUCUGGUUUAGGAAGGCAAGGCCCUGGAUAAGAAUGACAAGACAAUCAUUCCAAAAGGAGAAAUCCUGAUGAUUCUCUCUGGGACCUCCAGUAGAUGAACACAUCACUCUGAAACCGUAGCAGUUUCAAGAAACUGCUUCUUUCAAAAAUUCUAUCCAGUCAUGGAUACUAAUGAUGACCCCGAUGAAGACCAUCUUGCAAGUUAUGAUAUUCAGCUCAAUAUUCAAGAAUCCAUUGAAGCCAGCAAGUCUGUAUUUUAUUCUGAAAGAUUUGCACCGCUAAGCGAUCAAAACAGAAAACUUGUGGAAGCCAUAAAACAAGGUCACAUUCUUGCGCUCCAGGAAUAUGUAAAAUAUAAAUAUGCAUUGGAUGAAGCUGAUGAAAAAGGAUGGUUUCCAUUGCACGAAGCUGUCGUUCAACCCAUUCAACAAAUACUUGAAGUUGUUCUGGAUGCAUCCUACCAGACACUCUGGGAGUUCAAGACCUCUGAUGGAGAAACACCCUUGACUUUGGCAGUCAAAGCUGGUCUGGUGGAAAAUGUAAGAACUUUACUAGAAAAGGGAGUGUGGCCAAACACCAAAAAUGACAAAGGAGAGACACCGCUUCUGAUUGCUGUGAAAAAGGGCUCCUAUGACAUGGUGUUCACUCUGCUUAAACACAACACCAGCCUUGACCAGCCCUGCGUCAAGCGAUGGUCGGCAAUGCACGAAGCGGCCAAACAGGGCCGCAACGACAUCAUAGCCCUGCUGCUGACCCACGGAGGCAACGUGCACCUGAGAGACGGAUUUGGCGUCACACCGCUCGGUGUUGCUGCCGAGUACGGUCACUGCGAUGUGCUGGAACACCUCAUCCACAGAGGUGGUGAUGUGUUUGCUUUGGCGGAUGAUGGGGCGUCAGUGUUGUUCGAGGCAGCAGGAGGGGGCAAUCCCGACUGCAUUUCCCUCCUGCUGGAAUAUGGAGGAAGUGGAAAUGUACCCAACAGAGCAGGCCAUCUUCCAAUACACCGAGCUGCCUAUGAGGGACACUACCUUGCGCUGAAGUAUCUUAUCCCAGUAACAUCCAAAAAUGCAAUCCAGAAAAGUGGGCUAACACCAGUCCACUCCGCAGCAGAUGGACAAAACGUGCAGUGUCUCCAACUGCUCAUUGAAAAUGGCUUUGAUGUCAAUGCCCUGCUCGCGGACCACAUUUCUGGGAGCUAUGAUGACGAGCGGAAGACGGCGCUGUAUUUUGCGGUCUCUAACAAUGACAUCCAGUGCACAGAAGUCCUUCUGGCUGCAGGUGCAGACCCAAACCUAGACCCCCUCAACUGUCUGCUUGUGGCAGUGAGGGCCAAUAACCAUGAAAUUGUCCGGCUGCUUCUCUCCCACGGAGCAAACGUCAAUUGUUAUUUUAUGCACGUAAAUGACACGCGUUUCCCCAGUGCCAUUCAGUAUGCCCUAAAUGACGAGGUGAUGCUGCGCCUGUUGCUGAAUAAUGGCUACCAAGUGGAGAUGUGCUUUGAGUGCAUGCAUGGGAACAUCUUUGGAAAUUCAUUUGUGUGGUCAGAGAUAGAAGAAGAGGUACUACCGGGGUGGACAUCUUGUGUAAUAAAAGAUAACCCGUUCUGUGAGUUUAUUACAGUUCCUUGGAUGAAACACUUGGUAGGCAGCGUUAUUCGUGUGUUAAUCGAUUACAUGGAUUAUAUUCCUCUGUGCGCUAAGCUGAAGUCUGCAUUAGAAGUACAGAGAGAAUGGCCAGAAAUCCGUCAAAUACUAGAGAAUCCUUGCUCAUUAAAGCAUUUGUGUCGGUUAAAAAUUCGAAGGCUUAUGGGACUCCAGCGACUCUGUCAGCCAGCCUCAAUGAAGAAGCUCUCUCUACCACCAACCAUCCAAAGAUAUAUAUUAUUUAAAGAGUAUGAUCUCUAUGGACAAGAGCUAAAAUUGCCAUGAUUUAAAAGAUAAUAUUUUAAAUGUGAUUUAAAAAAUAUUUUAAAAUGGGGUUCAUUCAGAAUUUCUUGGAAUCAUUUUACAUCCUUAAGUGUAUUUAAAUCCAUUCACGAUUUUAUAACGAUCGUGUGUUCUUAUGGGGACACCAUAUUUUACAUCUUUAAAGACUUUACAUUGUGAUGUAAAGUAAAAAGAUUUACAUUUUUAAAGCUGGUCAGUAUUUUGUAUGUGAAUUUCUAAUAAUUAUCUUCACUUCCAACAAGUCUUCAAAUUAUCCAUCUCUCCUGUGUUUAUAAAACAAAGAACCACUUUCUCAAACCCCCAUCUCCAGCCAGUUGCUGGCUCUUUCCUUUCUUUUAUACCCACACUGAGCUCCUUCCAGCCUGCAGAUGCACACAUGGUCCCCGGGCUUGGGCUCCCUCCACCGCCUUUCUCAAGGUCUUUAAUAAUUGCCUUGUCGCUAAUUUCAGUGAGCAUUCUUAGUCCUUUCAGCUGAGUCCUGCGCAUCUGUCACUGCUGUCUGCUCCCUCCUUGAAAUGCUUUUCCCUUUGUUUUCAGGACACCUUGAUCUCUUGUCUCUCCUCUCACCUCCGCGACCAAGCGUUCUUGUCUCUGGCUUCUUUCUGUGUUGCUUAUCUCCUGCCAACCCAUUAGUAUGUCUUAAGCCCUGUUUUCUUCUUAUGCUAUGUUCUCUGGGAGAAAUGUCAUCCACGUCUAUGGUUUCAAUAACUAACUGUAUGCUAUUGGCUAGACAAUUUAUAUCAGAAGUUCAACUCUUUCUCUCGUCCUAUGUAAACAAGUGUUCUAAUGGACUGUUUUUUUCUAAAGAUUUUAUUUAUUUGAGACAGAGAGAGAGAGCACAAGCAGGGAGGAGAGUCACAGGGAGAGGGAGAAGCAGACUCUCCACUGAGCAAGGAGCCCAAUGAGGGGCUCCAUCCCAGGACCCUGAGAUCACAACCUGGGCCGAAGGCAGGUGCUUAACCGACUGAGCCACCCAGGCGCCCCUCUAAUGGACUUUUAAACACAAAGUCACCUUAAACUCAACAUGUCCCCAAAUGAACCCACUACCUUCCUCCACAAAAAGGCUCCUUUCCUGCAUUCUCUAGCUCACUAGUUAAGCCCAAUUAUGGUCAGUUCAGUUUCCUAAGAAAAAAGCUGGACGUCAGCUCUAACCAUCCCAUUUUUCUUACCCAGUACAGCAAAUCACCAAAUCCUAGUAAGUUUGUCUCUUGAAGACAUCUUCUUCCCCUCAGUCUUACUGAUUUGGCCCUAAUUCUACCUCUCUAUUAUCUUCUUUUUCCCAGGAUACUAUAGUGCUGCCUAACUGGCCUUCCUUCCUGUUGUCUUGCUCCAUCCAACACACAGUCUACCCACAACAUCCCAGAGUGAUCUUUUACAACUCGAAGUAGAGUGUGACUUCCCUGCUUAAAAUCAUUCCCGUUGCUCUUAGGACAAAGUCCAAAGUUCUUCCCGGCCCUUCCCUAUCCAAAUCGUCGCCUUCCUCCUUAGCUUUAUCUCUCGACUUCUCCGUUAUCCCUCUCCUUUAACCGUAUUAGACACCGGUUAGAAGUCUGUUCUUUGAACAGUGAUUCCCAGAUUUUCAGAUUUUAUACACCUGUAGUUUUUGUUUUGCUCAUUUCAAAAAUAGGGUCAUCUAUUUUUUAAAAAAUCUAUCAUCUACUAUCAUUGUCAUUUUAUAAAAGAGGGACCAUCUUAAUGCCAGAAAGCCAGUUGGUCUUAAACCCAGUAAUUAAAAUUGAGUGACUUUAGGUUUAAAAAGACUUACCACACUGUCUUCAUUUACCCAUUGAUGGGUGAAAAUUUCAUUCUGCCCCAACAAAUAUCUGAGGUCCUUUGGGAACCACUGUUGUAGAAAUAGACCAUGCUCUCUUAUACUUCGGGGUCUUUGCAUUUUUUUCUCUCUGUGCCUGGAAUCCUCUUUCAUCUCCUUCUUCCCCUGUCACCCCUUCUCCUCCAGGUCUCAGCUUAGAUGAUCCCUCCCAUGGGAGGGGAGGCCCCAGCACAGCACUUCUCAGGCUGAACCGGAACGCCCGUUCUCAUCCGCCUGCCCCACUAGACUAGAAGCUCUACGAGGGUGGGCUCUAUGUCUGUUGUUUUCCAGUGUUUUCUUAAAGCUGAACACAUUUCCUAGAGUACAAAGCUCAGUAAUUAUUUGUUGAAUAUAAAGAAUGAGUACAUUUUGUAUAAUACCCAAAAAUAAUCAGUGACCUCCUCACUAUCAUGGUAAAUUGAUAGUUCUGAAUCUGUGAAUUGGCUAUGUAACCUUAAUCGUUUUAAUUAUUUAGAUUUGGUUUUCUUAGAUUUUAAUAAUGUGUUUUUCUUAUAUUUAUUUUUAUCUUUAGAGUUACGGUAUUUUUCCAAUGGCUGAUUGGUUUGUGAAUUUUUCAAAUUGUAUUUAGCUUCAGUUAUCUCUAAAAGAUAAAUAAGCAUAAAAAAAAAAAACCCUGUGCAAUUAAAGCUAUAAUGUAAACUUACUGUGUUCCCUAGAGAUAUAUUUUUAUAUAAAUUGUAAUGUAUUGUAUUCAUAACCAUAAUGUUUUGUGUAUAGUAGUAUUGCAUGAUUCCUUUAUUGUUUUUUCCUAGUUGUGGCUAAAGACAUUGUUACCUAUAAGGAGCGCUCUAAGUAAAUAAAAACUAAUACUGGGGAUAUAAAUCUGCUAUCUGAAAUUUCAGAUAUUAAAUAAACCAAAGCACUGACACUUUCUUUAAUGUAGUUUUGUGUAGGUACAUUCAAGCUGCUUCAGAUAGUAAAUAAAGUCUACUACACUAAAGCUGUGACAUUUUUCUUUAAUGCGGUUUAUGUAAAUAUAUUCAUGAAACAUUUGAAUGUAAAGAUAGAAGCUCCUGGCAUAUGUUAGCGGUUUUGCAAGUGGGUCUU